UUAGUACAUGCAUUAGCCGCCAUUAUUGUUUCUGUAGUUUCAUUAGAAAAGGCUCCGAAAGAGAAAGAGAGGAAUGUCUCGGUAUUCUCGCCCUCCGAAUACUUCUUUGUACGUCAGAAAUGUGCCUGAUGGUACAAGGCAAGAAGAGCUGAGAAGUUUGUUUGGGAAGUAUGGACCAAUAUCUGAUGUUUAUAUCCCAAUGGAUUAUUACACUAGAAGACCUAGAGGAUUUGCCUAUAUUCAGUUUGAAGAUCCAAGAGAUGCAGAUGAUGCACUUUAUCACUUAGAUAGAACUCGCUUCUACGGACGUGAGCUGGUGGAGUUUGCCAGAGGGGACAGAAAAACCCCGUCACAAAUGAGAACCAAAGAGAGGUCUUCACGCAGGUCUCCUGGUCGAUACGAUGAUGAUCGACGAAGAAGAAGGUCCAGAAGCAGAAGUCCACGAAGACGUUCUUACUCAAGGUCAAGAAGUCGAUCUCAUUCAUACGAGAGAAAGGGAACAUCAGGAAGUCGGAGGACGGCUAGUAGAUCGCCAUCAGGUGAGCACGACAAAUCUGACAAGAGAAGUCGAUCCCCAGCAGACUAACAUUAUGAAAUUGCCUGCAGAACAGAAGAAAAUUAUCAUCUGCCUUCGAACAUGACUGUAUAGCCACAACUUGAGCUCCACCAGUUUUAUUGUUCAUGACUUCCGUUUUGUUUUUAAUUUAGAAUUUCUUGAAUAAACUUCACUUUUUUAAAUAAA